AUGAUGAAGCUGAAAGGAUUAGCAAUAUGGAUUUAUCGAAAAGGAUUGAAUUAUAAUCUUUUCAUGUUAGAGAAUCAUGAGUAUGAUGAUGAUGAUGAUGAAGCUGAAGAUAAUAUUCGCGAUCCAGCAAUUAUUCUUAAACAUCAAAAAUAUAAAACAUGGUUGUAUGUUACUCUUCUUACAGUAUGUCUUUACAUCACGUUCUACGGUACUUUGAUCAGUAUUGCAUCGAAAACAGUGACUGUAUCAAAUGUAACACUCGAAAUAUUUGAACAACUUUCUCUUAAAUAUAAUCAAACUCUUUUAUGUCCAUGUUCAACAAUAAUCUUACCGUUUCAAAACUUUAUUUCCUUUAAUAUAACGAUGCAUCCUGUUUGUCAAAGUAAAUUUCUCACUCGACAAUGGAUUGAAUCUUUAUAUUUUGAAAAUGCAAGUCAAUAUGGUGUUUGGGAUUUUCGAACAACUGCAUAUUCACAAUUUGAACUUUUAUCUCGCUUUUGUUCACAAUCAAACGAGAUCAUAUCUCAAAUUCAACUCGAUAUCAAUAAUACUGAACUAGUGACUCUUUAUCUUCUUUCUAAGAAACAAAUUGAAAUAAAAAUCGAUGGAAUCGUUGAAUAUCUGAGAAAUAGUUCAUCAUCUCGAAUGAUAACAUUUUUAAAUUAUUUACGAAAUACAAUUCAAACGCGUUAUUUUAUUUCAGCUCUUAAUACAAAUUUAGUAUUUUCAACACAAUUUCGAACGGAUCACUUUACCCGUUUAUUGGCAUAUCACGUAACACAGUCUGGGAACAAUAAACUGCAAUCAUGUAGUAAAGAUAGAUUAUUUAUUAAUGCUACCUUAAGUCCAAAAUCGCAUGAAUUGAUUAACACCACUCGCAGAUCUGAUCUUGAACCUUUACCCAAUUCUACCAUUGUUAAUGGAUUUUAUGCAGGAUGUACUCCUCUUGAAGUACUUCUCAGCAGUACAUUACAUUGUCUUUAUCAAGCAUCAUGUCUCCAAUUAUUAUUCGAUUAUUUUCCACUUCUUCAACAAAUUAAUUUUAAGCCAAAUCAUUCAAUUCUAUCUUCAACAUAUGAAGAACGAUCUGUUUAUGAAUAUUUAACUGAUCUUUUCAUUGUAAACUGGUCAACACAAAUGAAUUAUACAGAAUAUUCUCAUCAAUGCUCUUCUAUAUCAUGUUCAUAUUCAACUACAGCUCGAACAAAAAUAACUGUGGCAAUAACUCUAUUUAUUAGUCUUUAUGGUGGUCUAAUCAUUAUUCUUCGUCUUGUUGCAUCAUUUUUAAUUAAUCUUAUAAACAUCAAUGAUCGAACAGAAGAAAGUAUCAAACAUCAAAAGAUAAUUACACGCCUUUAUAUCAUAUUAUUAGGUUCAACACUUAUACUUUGUUUAUUUAUAUCACUAAGUAAUGAAAUUGUGAUCAUAAGACAAACAAAUCCAUUAUUAACAACUUAUAAUACUUUAAAAAAUUUGUAUUCUAGUACACUUCAAUGUCCAUGUUUAAACAAAGCAAUAGCUAAUAGAAAUUUUCUUGUUUUAUCUCCAAAUCUGCAUCAAAUAUGUUCCAGUGGUUUUAUUCAUGAAGAUUGGAUAAGAAUUGUACAGGCUUCUUUAAAAUAUAACAUUUUGAAUGAUUGGCUUGAACAGACACCUUCACAAUUUCAAUUAUUAUCUGAUUUUUGUUAUUUAGCAAAUAAAACAAUUGAAAAUGCAAUGCAUGAAUAUCUUUCACAAUUAUUCAUUGUUUCUUCUGUAAUUAAUGAAACUGAAUUCCAUGAACAAAUCAAUGCAAGUCUUCGUCAAUUUUAUCAAACAUCAUUUCAUAGUUUUCAUCUGAUGAUAAAUAUUUCACAAUUAUUAAUGCAAAUCGAUCAACAUUAUGUACGAUACAUUCGAGAUAGGAUGAGCUCAGUAGUUGAUGACAUAGUUCCAAAUAUGAUAACGAAUCAAACACUUGUAAAUAAAUCAAAUCAGUUACAAUUUUUAUUGAAUGGAAUCAAAGAAAAUAAUGCUGAUGAAACUUUAUGUUUUUGUGCAACAAAUCCAUCUUGUCAAACUCAAACUGUUUUGCAUAUUUCUAUUUUUGAUCCUGACACUCAUAAAGGUUCGGAAAAAAAUUACAAUGUAACAGGUUGGAUUAGACGAUGUCAUGAUAUUGAUUCACUUCUACUAUCAACACUUCAAUGUCUAUACGACGAUUCCGAUUGUUUUCCACUGUUAAUAAGUCAUGUUGCAAAGAUUUAUCAAACUUUUAAAGAUCGAUCAUCAUCACUUAUCAUUUAUCCAUUGAUUUAUAAUUCAAACUUCACACGUUUUCCUCCAAAUACAACAGUUUUCGAUAUGUUUAAAGAAGUUAUGAUUGAGCAAUGGAAUCCAUCUUCAUCGUAUCAAUUAUUUUAUCAGUCAUGUGCACCUAUUUAUUGUGCUUAUUUUCAACAAAUUUCUAAAUAUGACUUUUUUGGAGUGAUAGUAAAGUUAAUAUCAAUGAUUGGCGGUAUCGUCGCGUCGUUACGUAUAAUUACACCUCAUCUUGUUGAAUUUAUUUUUAAAUUAAAAAAAUUAUUUCAAAAGAAAGAACAAAAUCAAGAGAUACAAGAACAACGAGUUCAUCCUAAUUGUAUUGAUCGAAUAAAAAAGGCGAUGAGAGAAUUAAUGAAAUCUCUUUUGAAAAGUUUAGUUCAACUGAAUAUUUUUUCAUUACGUGAUCUUGGAAGUAAUACUGAUCGCUUAACAGCUCAACAUCAUGGUCGAUGGGCAACUCGUCUUUAUAUUCUUUUAUUUCUUAGUAGUUUUAUAAUUCUGGUCUUUUAUACAAUUAUUCAACCAUUUACUAUCACAAAAAUUAUUGAUGAACCUGAAUUUAGUUUCUAUAAACGUUUGGAAGAAACUUAUGGAAAUAAAUUAAAAUGUUCAUGUUCACGAAUAGCAUCGGUAUACAAUGACUAUGUAGAAAUUACACCAAAAUUUCAUCCAAUUUGUUCAAGUGAAUUUAUUUCUGAUGAAUGGAGAAUUCGUUUAACAAAUGGUCUUGUUUCUAAUCUAUCGAUUUAUUCAACAAGCGAUUAUCGUCGAUAUCUUCCAGCUCAUCUUCAAUAUCUUCAACGAUUAUGUCUAAUUUUUAAUGAAUCAGUUCAUCAAACUGUCAAUGACUUUCUUACAUCAUUAUUAGUUACUACUGAAUUAUUAACAAAAGAAAAUUUUCAUAAUCGCCUCAAUACUCUUAUUGAUCAAAGUGAAUCGAAAGUUUCGAUUUUAUUCUCUCGUUUUCUUUCUAUGAUUCAAACUAUUACUCAUGGAAAUGCUUUUAUGUCAACCUAUGGCACAAAUUUUCAGCAUUCUUAUCUUUUGGAUGUUUCGAAAAAAACUUAUGCCUAUUCAGAAGGAAUAAUUUAUGAUGAUAACUGUUCAUGUAGUUUAUUUAUCAAUUGUACAACUCAAGCCACGUUUAUUUUUAACCAAUCGACAAUAAUUUCAAUUCGUGGAUUAAAAAUAGGAUGUUUACCAAGUGAAUCAUUUCAUUUAUCAACUCUGGAAUGUUUUUAUGAUCAAGUAUGUCUUAAUCUUCUUUAUCAAUAUACAAAUCAAUAUGAUUAUUCAAUUCCUUUUCUAAAUAUAUCUGAUUAUUUUCCACCAAACACAACUAUCAAUGAAUUGAUUAGUCAUUCAUUUAUUGAACAAUGGAUAAGAAAAGCGAAUUAUCCAUCCUAUUAUCAUCUAUGUUUACCUUCGUUAUGUUUCUAUACUUAUCAUACGAAAUUUAAUGUUUUGUACAUCAUCACUCUAUUUUUGAGUCUUCAAGGUGGUUUAACAAUUGUUCUGAAAUGGAUUUGCCCAAAAUUAAUUCGAAUUGUUUUAAAAUUUUAUUCUUAUCAAAAAAGACAAACAAGAUUAGUUUAUCCUACAAUACCAUCAAAUGAUAAUCAAACAUCCAAACAAAUACUCACUCUACCAAAUCAGUGUUAUUUGAAAUUCAUUUCAAUCAUCAUAUCACUUAUAUUUCUCGUUGUUACUGUAUUCAUCUUUUCACGUUUUUAUAGUGAAAACGUUUUAUCGAAAAUUCAAACAAUAGAUGAGAGAUCGAAUACAACAUUAACAACAACAAAUAUAAUGUUAGUAGCAUCUUCAAGUAUCUUUUCAGAAUUACCUUGUCAAAGUAAAUUCGAACAAAUAUCUCUCAAAAUUGUUUGUUCUGAAAGUGAAGUAAGAAGCUUUGUAAUCUCGAUUAGUGAUCUUAAUAAUGAUAAUCAAGUUGAUCUCGUCUAUAUUUGUGAAUUUAAACAAAAUCAAAAGAUGUUCAUUUUAUUGGGUAAUGGAAAUGGUACAUUUCACGAACCAAAUAUAUUUUUGUUUCAAACAUUGAAAUUUUUAAUGCAUAUUCAUGUUGAGGACUUUAACAAGGAUAAUCGAUCAGAUAUACUUAUAACACACAAAAUAUCCAAUGAAUGUGCUUUCACCAUUUUAUAUAGUAUUGAGAAUGGAUCACUUCAGACAUACACAAAGUUAUUAAAUUUUAAAAGUACAAAGCUAUCAGAAAUUGUUGUUUUCGAUGUGAAUAAUGACACAUUCUUGGAUAUACUGGUAAUUUUACCCAAUGAUCCUAAUAUAAACAUUUUCUAUGGAAAAAGUAAUGGAAAUUUUUCAUCAAAAGUUAAAUUAUUUGUAUAUUUAAUUGGUACUUUACAGAGAUUAAUGAUUGGUGAUGUUAAUAAUGAUCAAUAUGUCGAUCUUAUUGUUUACAAUACAAAAUCUGCACAUAUUCAUGUCUUUUUUGGAAAUGCAAAUAAAACAUUUGAAAAACGAGUCAUAUUUUUUACGGCAAUUGAUGUUCAAUAUUCUUAUCUAGUCAUUAAUGAUUUUAAUAAUGAUAAUCAAUCUGAGAUUGGAUUUGUCUAUAGUUGGAAUGAUCUAACUUGUAUGAUAUAUCAAUAUGAUAAUAAAAGUUUUAAUUUGUUUGGAAAAUUUGUUAGAAAAUCGAUUGAGACAUCAAAUUUUGUUCUUGUUCAUGAUAUAAAUGGUGAUAAUCAUUUAGAUAUUAUUUUCGAUCUACGUAAGCCUGAUAGAAUCUAUGGAUUAUUUGGUUUGGGAAAUGGUCAAUUUUAUUCACAAUUGGUUUUGUUUGGAGAAAUUUCAUAUUCUCCAAAAUGGUUAAGUAUUGCAGAUUUCAAUAAUGAUCAUUAUCAAGAUAUAAUUAGUGUUAGUAAGGAAGAAAUGAGUAUCGAUAUAUUCUUAAAUAAACACAAAUGUCCUCUUGUCUAA